AAAUGAGGUUAGGUCAACGUUUUGACGUUUUUAUCUUAAUAAGUCAACAACACACUAGACUACCUGUUCGACCGCGCCAAGCAUGUUCUCAACAGCCAAAUGUCGCGACAUGUCGGCUCGUAUCCCCUUCCUCCCUACCUGAAGACCAAACUCCUAGCCGGGGGGUUUUCGACAGUGGAAGAUUUAGAAGAUUUGAAGCCAGUCGAGCUGAGCAAAGAACUCAAGAUAUCCCCAGAAGAAGCACUUGAAAUCUUGAGAGUUGUCCAAGGAGUGCAGAAUGAUGCCUCCUCCCCCUCAAGCUCUGAUGAGGCUGUGAAGACAGCCCUGGACCUGUUACAGGAGGAGAGACACCAGGGCUGUAUCAUCACAUUCUGUUCUGCCCUGGAUGAGCUGUUGGGAGGAGGGGUGCCUCUCACCAAGAUAACAGAGUUCUGUGGUGCACCGGGUGUUGGGAAGACACAAAUGGGGAUGCAGCUGGCAAUAGAUGUACAGAUCCCCUGUGUAUUUGGUGGGUUGGGUGGAGAGGCAGUGUAUGUGGACACAGAAGGAAGCUUUAUGGUCCACAGAUUAGAAGAUAUGGCCAAGGCCGCAGUGGAACAUUGCAGACACAUAGCUACGGUGGAGAACAAUAGAGAACAAUUGGAGGCAAUGUCAGAUUUCACUGUGGAACACAUUUUAUCAAGAAUCCACUUCUACAGAGUGCAUGACUGGGUAGAACUAGUGGCACUUAUCAACAUUCUUCCAGAGUUUUUACAACAGCAUCCCAAGAUACGUCUUGUAGUGAUGGACAGCAUUGCGUUCCCCUUCAGACAUGACUUUGAAGACUUGUCUCUCCGAACCAGGCUACUGAACGGCCUGGCACAGAACUGUAUCAGACUAGCAGACAGCCACAAAGCAGCUGUUGUGCUUGUGAACCAGAUGACCACCAAGAUGGGACAUUCUGGUGAUGGCCAGGCUCAUCUUGUUCCUGCACUAGGGGAAAGCUGGGGACAUGCCAGUACUAUACGAGUCCUUCUCUUCUGGGAAGCAGGUUACAGGUAUGCAAGACUGUACAAGUCACCCACACGGGAAGAGGCAACAGUACCAUAUCAAGUGACGAUGGCUGGUAUUCGAGAUGUGUGCAUUCCAAACAGCACACAGGACGUAACAUCAGAUAUGUCACAAGAGGAAGGAACAAGUCAUGGUGACCACAGUCAGAGGAAAAGGCCAAGAGUGUCUUAAUAAAAUAAUUAUGUUUACUGAAGGAAAACAUA